GACUGCGAGGCAAACCAACGGAGUAUCGGAACAUUGCAUAUAAACCGAUCAAAGUGACAAGCAGACAAAGAGUAAAACGUCUACGAAAGUGCAAGAAGAAGGAAAGGCAGUGUAAAAAUUGAAACUUUCUUUUCUGGACCAAAAUAAUAUCGCUUCGUUGUUUCGAUGCGAAAUGUGAUGUGAGAUUAAGUUAAUUUCUUGUUUUUGGGAAGAUGAACCGUGGAGUUCGGUGCAGGCUAGCUAACCUCAGUAAUGAAAUCGAUCAGAAAAGCAUGAGUCAUCGACGGUGCUAGAAACAUCGCAAAUCGUAGUGCAAUCCUGUGUAUUAGUGCUGUCGUCUGAUGCUCUGCAUUAAAACCAAUUGCAGGAAGCGACACCAACAGGAAACACCUAACAACUAAGCACAUUCCAGUUACAAGGAGAAAAGAGAAACCAUUGCGUCGCGGCGAGCAACAGAAAGGCUAAGUGCCGUUCCUGCACGUCUUAUCAAAGGCCUAAGCCUAGAUACGUAAGCAACAUUAAGGUGGAGGUGGUGUGUGAACCCACGUCCUAGCUUUAGUGUAAAAUGUCCGAUACGAAAGCACCAGCUGAAAGCAACGUACAACAUACGGAAACUCAGCGGGAAGAUAUAAACCGAGAAGUAGAAGUAACUGCACCACCAGCGGUAGAAGAAACUCAUGUCGUAGAGCCUACCUCAACAACAACAACAACAACAACAGCAACAGUAGAAGCAUCGCCAGCUGCAACCAUCGUUCCAACCGAUAUUUCGAGUGUUGGUGAAAAUUUGACUAUUGCUGUAGGCAACCACGAACAAACCGCAUCUGGUGGUACAGUACCUCCGACUACGUCCGGUUCCUCCGUAGCAUCAGCACAGGUCCGCGGACCGUGGAACGUAGAGCGUCAGACAUCUGUUGGUUCAAUAGACAGUACGUCCAUGUCGAUCGGAGCAGGUUCAAGUAGCGGCAGUGGACCUGGUGGAUUCCGCAACUCUUUAAGCAAUGGACGAAUGUUCAGUCGGCUUAUGUCCGUAGAGCGGGGACGAGUCGCUAAUAAUCAUGGAGCGCCUUCAAGAAGAGGAUCAAACUUUAGUAACGUUAUGUUUAACGACUUUAUGACCCUGCUCCAACAAGCGAGACACCCUGGCAGCUUGUUCUCCUCGGAACGAACAGGACUAUUUCUAACUUCGGAACGGUCACACGGACCUGGUACGAGUACUCCUCCCAUGAUGGGUAACGUUGGAACUGGCAAUGCAAUCGUUAAUACCAGUGAUGUUGUGAUUGAUGUUGAUGAAGGAAGCGGAACGACCGGCGGUGGUUCUUUGCGUUCAUCCCAUAAUGAGCUAUAUCCAAUGUCUAAUUCAUCUUCCUCGGCCAAUACUAGCGUACGCCCUUUCCUGUGGAUACAAUCGGGCGAUGAAAAUGCUCCACCGGCGAGCUCCUCCAUUGGUGGUCGUUCACCGCUAAUGCCAAAUUUUAACUACGGCCAUCACCACCACCACUUUCACAAUCAUCAACCAUUGUCACUGCAUCAACAGCAGUCCUCCACAGUCCUUCUAUCUGCGGCCCCUGGUUCGAUGGCUUCACAGUCUCCUAUGUCGAUAGGUGUUGGUGAAGGAGUCCCCUCAAUGAAUGGCGAAUCAGCAACGAAUGGUGUUGUACUCACACCGACAACAGGAAAUGCGCCUACAAUUGGAGCUGGUGGAACCACGCGGAGCAAUAGUAUUAGUUCCAACCAUCAGAAUGAAGACGCAACUGUGCAUGAAGCACUCAACCAGUUGCCGGAAACUCGCGCCUUGAUUGAAACAUUAGCACGGUAUAUGCCGUUACUGGUGAUUUUGGUGGCUAAACUAUGCUAUGAUCAUUUGGAUGGUAUAAUGACCUUUCUGAUGUUGACAAUAAUGUUCUACCAUGCAAACUGGGCCGUACGGCAAGAAAUCUCGAAGCAAAAGCAGCGGCGCGUUAUCGUACUGCUGCGUGAGCUGAUCAUAAUCAUUGUCUCUUUAUUAAUCUUUUGGCUCGCAAUUGAAUGGAAGAGCAUCUGCCUAGUGAUACUGUUAAUGCCUGAUCAUCUGCAACAGGAGUCGCUUAAGGGAUUGCUGUAUGCCGUCUGUAUAACGGACUUGAUACUGAAGCUGAUCACAAUUGUAAUCAAAAUCAUCGUCACUCUUAUGCCACCGAGUGUGGUAGAUUACAAAAGUAGGGGAAAGGUCUACUUGAUGAUAGAAUCGCUCUCGCAACUGUAUCGCGCCGCAGCUCCAAUCCAACCAUGGUUAAUAUUCCUUUUUGAAUCGUACUCUGGCUCGGAAAAGAUGGUUGGUGUUAUUUUAUCAGCGGUUUACAUCGUAGCAAAAUCUACUGACUUACUUGAUAGGAUCAAGUUCUGUCGUCGAUCAUUUGUUAAGCUGCUUCAGAAAACGAGCUAUGGAAACGUACCAACAAAGGAACAGUUGCAGGCCUGUGGUGGACAGUGCUCGAUUUGUCAUGACAACUUCAAUUCACCGGUAUUGCUGGAAUGUAAUCACAUCUUUUGCGAACUGUGUGUCGGAACAUGGUUUGAUCGAGAACAGACAUGCCCCUUAUGCCGCGCAAAAAUCGUUGACGAUCCUUCCUAUAGAGAUGGAGCAACCACAUUCUUUCUGCAACUAUACUAAAGGAUCAAUGAAGGGACAAAUGAUAUUCGCAGCUCCAUUCCUAAUUUUGUAAUUAAUGUAUUUCGAAGGUUUUUUGUUCGUUCUGUAGGGUGAACUUGCGUGUUAAAUCAGUAAUGAUGUUCUUCACGAUGGGUAAAUUUCCAAAUGCUGGCGAUUACUGAUGAACCCGCACUAGACUGUUCACCGUAUUGUGCAUUUUAAAGUUGAUAAUCAAUUCAAUCAUAGUGGUUUGUGAUUGGCGUGAUUAAGCUAAUUGAAAAACAAUAUCUAUAACUGGUUACGGGAGUGAGGAAGGAGCAGAGAACGAAUUAAUACUUUUUAUUAAUCAUAAAGGUAAGCUAUAACUAAACGUAUUUCAAUUUGAAAAAGGUAUUAAGAGAUACGUACGCACCUAUCGAGCAGGUAUAUGUUGGGAACACCUGAGAUAGCGUUUGAAUAUUGUAAAACUUUAGUCAUACUUUCGUUACGAGAUGCACUGUAAACCAUGAAAAACUGUACAAUAGCAUUAUCUGCAAUCAAUAAAGUGGUCCAUAUCUUGUUUAUGGAUUUGUUAAACAUUAA